AUGCUGGACAUGGGAGAUAGGAAAGAGGUGAAAAUGAUCCCCAAGUCCUCGUUCAGCAUCAACAGCCUGGUGCCAGAGGCGGUCCAGAACGACAACCACCACGCGAGCCACGGCCACCACAACAGCCACCACCCCCAGCACCACCACCACCACCACCACCAUCACCACCACCCGCCGCCACCCGCCCCGCAACCGCCGCCGCCACCGCAGCAGCAGCCGCCGCCGCCGCCGCCGCCCCAGGCACCGCAGCCCCCCCAGGCACGGGGCGCCCCGGCCGCCGACGACGACAAGGGCCCCCAGCAGCUGCUGCUCCCGCCGCCGCCGCCGCCGCCCCCGGCCGCCGCCCUGGACGGGGCCAAAGCGGACGGUCUGGGCGGCAAGGGCGAGCCGGGCGGCGGGCCCGGGGAGCUGGCGCCCGUCGGGCCGGACGAGAAAGAGAAGGGGGCCGGCGCCGGGGGGGAGGAGAAGAAGGGGGCGGGCGAGGGCGGCAAGGACGGGGAGGGGGGCAAGGAGGGCGAGAAGAAGAACGGCAAGUACGAGAAGCCGCCGUUCAGCUACAACGCGCUCAUCAUGAUGGCCAUCCGGCAGAGCCCCGAGAAGCGGCUCACGCUCAACGGCAUCUACGAGUUCAUCAUGAAGAACUUCCCCUACUACCGCGAGAACAAGCAGGGCUGGCAGAACUCCAUCCGCCACAACCUGUCCCUCAACAAGUGCUUCGUGAAGGUGCCGCGCCACUACGACGACCCGGGCAAGGGCAACUACUGGAUGCUGGACCCGUCGAGCGACGACGUGUUCAUCGGCGGCACCACGGGAAAGCUGCGGCGCCGCUCCACCACGUCGCGGGCCAAGCUGGCCUUCAAGCGCGGGGCGCGCCUCACCUCCACCGGCCUCACCUUCAUGGACCGCGCCGGCUCCCUCUACUGGCCCAUGUCGCCCUUCCUGUCCCUGCACCACCCCCGCGCCAGCAGCACUUUGAGUUACAACGGCACCACGUCGGCCUACCCCAGCCACCCCAUGCCCUACAGCUCCGUGUUGACUCAGAACUCGCUGGGCAACAACCACUCCUUCUCCACGGCCAACGGCCUGAGCGUGGACCGGCUGGUCAACGGGGAGAUCCCGUACGCCACGCACCACCUCACGGCCGCGGCGCUCGCCGCCUCGGUGCCCUGCGGCCUGUCGGUGCCCUGCUCCGGGACCUACUCCCUCAACCCCUGCUCGGUCAACCUGCUCGCGGGCCAGACCAGUUACUUUUUCCCCCACGUCCCGCACCCGUCAAUGACUUCGCAGAGCAGCACGUCCAUGAGCGCCCGGGCCGCGUCCUCGUCCACGUCUCCGCAGGCCCCCUCGACCCUGCCCUGUGAGUCUUUAAGACCCUCUUUGCCAAGUUUCACGACGGGACUGUCCGGGGGACUGUCUGAUUAUUUCACACAUCAAAAUCAGGGGUCUUCUUCCAACCCUUUAAUACAUUAACAUCCCUGGGACCAGACUGUAAGUGAACGUUUUACACACAUUUGCAUUGUACAUGAUAAUUAAAAAAUAAGUCCAGGUAUUUUUUAUUAAGCCCCACCCCCAUUUCUGUACGUUUGUUCAGUCUUUAGGGUUGUUUAUUAUUCUAACAAGGUGUGGAGUGUCAGCGAGGUGCAAUGUGGGGAGAAUACAUUGUAGAAUAUAAGGUUUGGAAGUCAAAAUUAUAGUAGAAUGUGUAUCUAAAUAGUGACUGCUUUGCCAUUUCAUUCAAACCUGACAAGUCUAUCCUUAAGAGCCACCAGAUUUCCAUGUGUGCAGUAUUAUAAAUUAUCAUGGAUUUUUAUGGUGGACGCAGACCUUGAGAACAACCUAAAUUAUGGGGAGAGUUUUAAAAUGUUAAACUGUAAUUUGUAUUUAAGAAGCAUUCGUAGUAAAGGUGCCCAAGAAAUUAUUUUGGCCAUUUAUUGUUUUGUCCUUUUCUUUUAAAAAAAUGUUUUUUUUCUUUUGUUUACUUUUAGACCAAAGAUUGGGUUCUAGAAAAUGCACUUGGUAUACUAAGUAUUAAAAAAAAAGAAAAAAAAGAAAAAAAAAGUUGUUUCAGUUGGCAGCACUGCCCAUUCAAAUGAAUCGGAAGGGGACAAAAUUAAUGAUUGCCUUCAGUUUGUGUUGUGUAUAUUUUGAUGUAUGUGGUCACUAACAGGUCACUUUUAUUUUUUCUAAAUGUAGUGAAAUGUUAAUACCUAUUGUACUUAUAGGUAAACCUUGCAAAUAUGUAACCUGUGUUGCGCAGAUGCCGCAUAAAUUUGAGUGAUUGUUAAUGUUGUCUUAAAAUUUCUUGAUUGUGAUACUGUGGUCAUAUGCCCGUGUUUGUCACUUACAAAAAUGUUUACUAUGAACACACAGAAAUAAAAAAUAGGCUAAAUUCAUA